UCCCAGUACAACUUGCUGAGCAGCAGCAUGGAGAGCCUGGGGAGCCGUGCAACGUCCGCCAGCCCCUAUAGCUCCGAGAACAAUUCUUCGUCCGCCGUGCCCACCCCUUCACCUUACUCCCAGCCCAACUCCACCUUUGAGGGCCUGUCUCCUGCACCAGCCAUCCCCUCCAACACCGACUACCCCGGGCCACACGCCUUCCAGGUGUCCUUUCAGCAGUCCAGCACCGCCAAAUCAGCCACAUGGACCUAUUCGCCCUUGCUGAAGAAGCUUUACUGUCAGAUUGCCAAAACCUGCCCGAUCCAGAUCAAGCUGUCCUCCUCCCCUCCUCAUGGCAGCAUCAUCAGGGCCAUGCCGGUGUACAAAAAGGCAGAGCACGUCACAGAGGUGGUCAAACGGUGCCCCAAUCAUGAGCUUGGAAGGGACUUUAAUGACGGUCAAACAGCCCCAGCCAGUCACCUGAUCAGAGUGGAGGGGAACAACCUGAGUCAGUAUGUGGACGAUCCUGUCACUGGCAGGCAGAGUGUCGUUGUGCCCUACGAGGCUCCGCAGGUUGGGACUGAGUUCACCACCAUCCUUUAUAAUUUUAUGUGCAACAGCAGCUGUGUGGGAGGCAUGAACAGAAGACCCAUCCUCAUCAUCAUUACUCUGGAAACCAGAGAUGGCCAAGUGUUGGGCAGGCGAUCGUUUGAGGGUCGGAUAUGUGCGUGUCCUGGUCGAGACCGCAAAGCUGACGAGGAUCAUUUCAGGGAACAGCAAGCUCUGAAUGAGAGCGUGUCCAAAAACGGCAAUGCCAACAAGCGUAGCUUCAAACAGAGUCCACCCAGUAUUCCCAGUCCAAAUAUCAACAUAAGGAAGAGACGGCACGGAGAUGAAGAGAUUUACUAUAUCCCUGUCCGUGGUCGGGAAAACUUUGAGCUGCUGAUGAAGAUUAAAGACAGUUUGGAGCUGGUGGAGCUGGUGCCUCAGCCACUGGUGGACUCUUACAGACAGCAAACACAGCAACAGCUGCUGCAGAGACCGAGUCAUAUAUCGUCCCCUUCCUCCUACUCUCCGCUGUCCAACAUGAACAAGAUGCAUUCGCACGGCGGCCUCGGCAAACCGCAGUCAGUCAACCAGAUGGUGCAGCAGCCGCAGCAGCAUCCAAAUGCCAACCCCUCCCUUGCUCAUAUGGGUUCAAACAUGCUCAACAGCAACCACAUGCAGGGGAACGGUGACAUGAACAGUGGCCACAGCAGUCAGAAUUUAGUGUCUGCUUCCCACUGCAGCUCACCGCCUUAUAACCCUGACCCCAGCCUUGUCAGUUUUCUCACCAGUCUGGGCUGUCAGAACUUCAUUGAGUACUUCACCUCACAAGGUCUCCAGUCUGUCUACCAUCUCCAAACUCUCUCCAUGGAGGAUUUAGGUGCGCUGAAGAUACCGGAGCAGACUCGCAUUGUCAUCUGGCGAGGUCUGCAGGACAUGAAACAAGGCGCCCCCCUCCAGCUGCCCAACUCCUCUCACCACCACGAGUAUCAUGGCCAGCAGCUGCUUCGAUCCAGCAGCAACAUGGCUGCCUCCGCCAUGGCGGCCAUCGGGGCCGCAAGUGGGGAGCUGCAACGUCAGCGGGUCAUGGAGGCGGUGCACUUUCGUGUUCGCCACACCAUCACCAUCCCCAACAGACCAGGUGUUGUUGGGACGUCUGGGAUGGCAGCAGCUGCUGAUGAGUGGGCUGACUUUGGCUUUGACAUGCCAGACUGCAAAGUGCCCCACAGCAAGCAUUCCAUCAAGGAGGAGUUCAUGGAGAGCGAUGUUCACUAA